UGGUGGUGAGGUUAUUCUGAUCGUAUAGGAGAAGCGAGAGGGACGUUUCCAUAGUAAUUUUCUCAUCGACCGCAGCAAUUAUAUUUUAUUUCUAAGAGUAUAGUCAAUUCCCGUGUAUGUUUCGAGAAUGAAAAAUAUGUGCUGACUGAUUGAGUUACGGAGGGAAUGUACCCUGAAAUAGGUCGCUACGUACAUUGGGGUAUGGUUUAACGGAAUAUCAUAACUUCAUCAAGAGAAGGACCUAAUUGUUUUAUAUGGUAUUCAUUUGAAAUCGUCGUCCGGACUUUGUAUCAGCGUGCACGAGCGUAUUCCGGGAAACCGAAACAUUUCCUACAGUAUGGGGAUGUUAAAUAUCCACAUAGCGGUAUUGAUUCUGGCGCUAUCAACCGAAGCGAGAGGCCCCCCUUGGGUGAGCCGGCCGGUGGACGAGAGGCAGUUGGUGAAACUGGGGCGCACCGUGCGCCUGUCCUGCCCGGUGGAGGGCGACCCGCCGCCGCUGGUCCUGUGGGUGAAGGACGGCCGGAACGUGAUCCGCGGGUGGAGCCGCUACCGCGUGCUGAAGCAGGGCCUGAAGAUCAAGGAGGUGGAGGAGGACGACGCCGGCGUCUACGUCUGCAGGGCCAUCAACGGCUUCGGCAGCGUCUCCCUCAACUACACCCUCAUCGUCAUCAAUGACUCUGCUGUGACCCAAAGCGAGCCAGAGCCCUCGUCAGUGGAGCCCAAUGCCGACAUCAGCCUGCAGAAUCCGUCCAGGCAGCCUCUGGUGAAGCCGCGGUUCAGCCAGCCCACCAAGAUGCGGCGGCGGGUGCUGGAGCAGCCGGUGGGCAGCUCCGUGCGGCUCAAAUGCCAGGCGAGCGGCAGCCCGCUGCCCGCCAUCACGUGGUGGAAGGACCAGACCCGGCUGCCCGCCCCGCGCCAGGGCAAGCGCCCGCAGUGGACCCUCACCCUGAAGAACCUGCGGCCCCAGGACAGCGCCAGAUACACCUGCCACGUCUCCAACCCCGCCGGCCACAUCAACGCCACGUACAAAGUGGACGUCAUCGAACGCACCAACUCCAAGCCGAUUCUGACCGGCACCCACCCAGUGAACACCACGGUGGAGUUCGGGGGCACCGCCUCCUUCCAGUGCAAGGUGCACAGCGACGUGAAGCCGGUCAUACAGUGGCUGAAGAGGGUGGAGCCGGGCACAGAGCGGCGCUACAACUCGACCCUGGAGGUGGGCGGACAGCACUUCGUGGUGCUGCCCACGGGGGACGUGUGGUCGAGGCCAGACGGCUCCUACCUCAACAAGCUGGCCGUCGUCAAGGCCCAAGACGAGGACGCCGGGAUGUACAUCUGCCUGGGUGCCAACACCAUGGGCUACAGCUUUCGGAGCGCGUACCUCACCGUGCUGCCGGACCCCCAGGUGGAGAACACGGUGAGCCCUCCCCACCUGAGCUCCGGCCUGCCCUGGCCCCUGAUCAUCGGCAUCCCGGCGGCCGCCCUGCUCAUCGUGGGGACCAUCGUCCUCUGGCUGUGCCACAGCCGCCGUCGAAACGGCGCCCUGCCGCCCCGCGGCCCCCCUCACCGAGACCACCACACCGUCGACAAGGACUUCUCCACUGCCAGCAGCGCCACCCCCGACUUCCCCAGCCAAAGACUGAUUGGCACGGCCCCGCCCGUGCCCAACGGCCAGCCAAAGAUUUACUCCAAGGUCUACACGGAUGUACACACUCACACGCACACACACUCGCACGCCCACAUGAACGGCAAGGUUCACCAGCACCAGCACUUCCACUACCAGUGCUAACCUGGCGCCGCGAGCCCUCGUCUCGUGUUGCUGCUCCCCUGAACCUUCAGCGGACUACGAUCGAGGGGCAACCCCGCGCAUCGUUGUUAGUUGUGUAAACUACAAUUCCCAAGAUACCACAGGGGGGAAAAGUCACCUGAGCAGUGUCGACUCACCACAGUGUAACUGACGUGUACACAGCUCUUGUGGGGUCACGCUCCUGGACAGCUUUGGACAGGGUUACUAAAGUACCUACUGUCUGCUUUGGAGGAUGAUGGGAAAAAAGGCUUUGAAAAAUCUCAGGGCUGGGGAUGAAUUGACACAUACAUUUUGCUUGCAGUUCACGUGUAUGUUCUUCGGUCAACUGAGGUGCCAGACAAUGGACCAGGGGGUGUUUUUUAAGUGAUUUGUAUGAGAAACCACCUGCCCCAUUCCCAAAUAUUAUCAUAUGUAAAAUGUACAUAUAUAUUUUAAUUAUGAAACACUUGUUUAUCCAAAGCAGAAAGUAAUAUAAGGAGUAGUGUAUAAGCUUUUGUAAACUGGAAGCUGCGACUGUGACAAAUCUGCUGAACUGUACCAGCGUUAUUGUUUACAAUGUGUUGUCCUUAAUUGUUUAUAGUGGUACAUGAGCAACACAAACUGUGGUGCUUGGAUUUAUAUAUAUAUAUAUAUAUAUAUAAAUAUAUAUAUAUAUAUAUAUAUAUAUAUAUAUAUAUAUAAAUACACAAUAUUAUUUCAGGAAGAGACUAUGCAAUGAGUGCAAGAUUUGUCAGGGAAAUUGGAUGAAUGAGUGAAAAGAUAAAAUAAUAAGGGCAUUUAUUUUGUUUCCAUAAAGAUUCUGUUCUUUGUAUCUUUGUAUGUCUGAUAAAAGCAGUAUUACCAAAUAUGUGUACCCCGUGUGUCACUAAAUGCCAUUUUUCUCUUAUACACAUGGUAGAAAACAUGUAUGUAUGACUCUCAUAUUUUGUAAGAUCUGUAUUUUUUAAUAUUUAGGACAUGAACCAUAAUGUAUUUUUGUAUCUGUUGCUCAUGAACUGUAUUGUACAUGUACUGUAUCAUAUUUGUAUCCAUUGUCUGUAUUUCCAAGGAUUGGGAAAUGGACAUAUUUUGUGCACAAAGCUGUCAGAUUAAAUCAGUUUUGGUCCUUCUAGAUGAUUGAGUAACACUUAUUUGAUAGAAAUUAUUUCUAAACUUUAUUAGUUUUCUUUAUGGACACAAAUGCAAAUGGCAAAUCUUACAGCUGCUCAUUGUACACAUUAUGUAACCAAUUUAUUUUACCUUUUUAAGUUUUUUGUGUGUUUUAUUGGAGUAAUUAAGGCCGUGUAUUCUGUUCAAGAGCACAUCAGCUAUGCCUCAUCCCAGAUUCAAACCCACAACUCUUAGAUCCAGAUUUUAAUGCCCAAGUAUUCAAAAUUAAUUGUUUAUAAUUGUUGUCUUACAAGUGGUUUGUAAACAUGCACAGUCUCUCUGAGAAACAUUGCAUGCUGCAAUCUUAUUCUGGUGCUCAUACAAGAGUAUCAGAUAAGAAAUAUUUUUCUAAUAAAAAAUAUUGAUCAUCUUUA